AUGCCCAUCCAGUUGCCACGACCAUUAUGCCCAUCCAGUGCCUUCGCGUUCACACAACCAUUAUGCCCAUCCAUUGCCUUCGUUAGUUCACACAACCAUUAUGCCCAUCCAGUGCCUUCGUUGUUACCAUUAUUCAUUGCCUUACAACCAUUAUGCCCAUCCAUUGCCUUCUCUGUUAGUUCACACAACCAUUAUGCCCAUCCAUUGCCUUCGUUGUUAGUUCACACAACCAUUAUGCCCAUCCAUUGCCUUCGUCACACAACCAUUAUGCCCAUCCAUUGCCUUCACAAUGACCAUUUGCCAUCCAUUGCCUUCGUUGGUGCACAACCAUUAUGCCCAUCCAUUGCCUUCGUUAGUUCACAUUAUGCCCAUCCAUUCGUUGUUCCCAGCCAUUAUGCCCAUCCAUUGCCUUCGUUAGUUCACACAACCAUUAUGCCAAUUCCGUUAGUUCCAACCAUUAUGCCCAUCCCCUUCACACAACCAUUAUGCCCAUCCAUUGCCUUCUGUUAUUUCACGACCACAACCAUUAUGCCCAUCCAUUGCCAUCCAUUAUGCCAGUUCGUUAGUUCAUCCACAACCAUUAUGCCCAUCCAGUGCCUUCGUUAG